AUGGGUGUUCGAUCUGCUUCUGUGCCUAGAGGCCACAUCAGCCUGCAUGCUGGGUUCAUCCUACUCCAGCCUGUGUUCCUCAUUGGUCUGAUCGUGACAGGUAAGCUUCGUCGCCCCCAUGUUUCAGGCGGAUUUACUUCGGCGUCUCCACCGUGGACUGCUUUCGGGCUGACUCCCAAGGUUCGUUCAUUCAGUUGCACUGUUUCGACCUCGUUUACUGACCCCACGCGUUUUCCUCUCCGCCAUCGGUUUUCGGAAGGCUCCCGUUCGACCAACCUACGACAGCUUCUACGUGGAUCCUGGAAAGGCGAUCCUACAGUUGGUGGCCAUAAGGCAGGAGUGGUGCUGCUGAUCUGUUCUUGGACCACUGGGCUCUACCCUGCUGCUGGACCUCGGCUCUCUUGCACAUGCAGCCUCCUUACCUCGUCAGACGUGCUCACGGCGGCCUUUAGGAAGUCGUGGACUUCGCCUCAACAGCUCCGUUCUUACGUGUUCACUCGCGAAAGCAUCCAUGCACCUGUGCGCUGCGGCCAUUGCCAACGCCAUGCAAACCCCUUUUUAUCAUGGUUCAAUGUCCGCAAUCCCUCCGUCGGACCGCAUCCGAUCGAAGCGGAUCGCGGUUCUUGGUACAAGUCUUUUCCUCCGCCACGAAAGAAGCCAUCACUUGGCAAGAUGGCCCACUCCAACAACCCCGAUGUGCCUAUGGAAGAGGAGGAGCUCGAUGCUUCUUUCUCCGUUGAGUCUUUCUUUGCAGACGAGCCAGAGUCUCAUGCUGGUCCCUCUGCACCGCCUCCUGCUAAGAAGCUGUGCGGUGAAGGCUCCUCCUCUGCCCCGCCGGCCCCUGCCAGUGGUCCCCGCGUCUCGUUGCCUCGCGGCAACGCGGCUCCCCCCCCCCCCGGCCCGCUGCUGCGCCGCAGCAGACGAGAUUGCCUGUCCACCAUCAUUUUCCCUGAUUCUGUUGAGUCGCACCGCUACAAAAUUGUUGACCGCGUCCGUCAGUGCCUGCGUGGCCGCGACUUUGGCGGGGUCGUUCCCAAGUUUGACCACGCGCCAGGAGAAAUCCUGCGUCUUCCUCGCAAGUCGUACUGCCGACAAAUCCUGCAGUGGCCUACGCAGGAAGCGGCUCUUCGUUUCCGCAACGUGCUUCCGCUCACGUACCGUGCCGAGGGUGUGAAUGCAGAAAUCAAGUUCUACCAGGAUCCCGAGCCUGAAUACUCCGCCGCCAGGGCCGCCGGCACCACCCAUCUCGUCAUCCGCAACGUUCCCAUUGGUUUCGCGACCGCCGACAUCCUCACCCUCCUCACCAGGGAACGUCGUUUGCCUGAUCGGAGGUGGCUGAAGGAGAUCCGCCACUUCCAUAAGGUCUAUGAUCCGUACGAAGAUGCGUUGCUGCCCCAGCUGCAUGGCAUCUCGAUUGCGGUUGAUGAUGACCUGCAGUUCCAGCGUGUCCCUGCUUUCAUCUGGCUCCCGGGGAUCCGAGAUCCUCUCAUCCUCAAUUUCUCCUCACACUCCUGUGGUGUCUGCAACAGUAACCACCGGACCCCUGAUCACAGUGGGUUCGCGACUGCACGCAAUGGGCGUUUGGCGAAUCAGUACCAGAUUUCGCUGGGUCAGCUUCAGCAUGUGAAUGGUACGGGCAUACAAUAUGCGCUAAUCGCAGCAUCUGUCUCCUUUCUCUUGUCUAUCUAUGUUUGUGCGAUGCAGCAUCUCAAGUCCCCGGCUCAUCAGACCCGUCUGCUGGACACCGUCAAGAAGACGGCCCCCAUUGUGGAAAUGGGAGAUACCCCGGCGCAUCUGUUCGUCCAGAGGGGUGCUAUUGCAAAAUUCCUUGCCGAGGAAGAAUGA